AUGGAUCACGGUCGCGAUCCCUGCCCCUGGGUCGUCCUCAACGACUUCGGUGGCGCUUUCUGCAUGGGCGCCAUCGGCGGCACCAUCUGGCACGGCAUCAAGGGCUUCCGCAACUCCCCCUACGGCGAGCGGCGCAUCGGCGCCAUCACGGCCGUCAAGAUGCGCGCCCCCGUCCUGGGCGGCAACUUUGGCGUCUGGGGCGGCCUCUUCUCGACCUUUGACUGCGCCGUCAAGGGUAUCCGCAAGAAGGAGGACCCCUACAACGCCAUCAUUGCCGGCUUCUUCACCGGCGGCUCCCUCGCCAUCCGCGGCGGCUACAAGUCGGCCCGCAACGGCGCCAUCGGCUGCGCCGUCCUGCUCGCCGUCAUCGAGGGCGUCGGCAUCGCCUUCUCCAAGAUGCUGAGCGGCACCACCAAGCUCGAGGUCCCGCAGCCGCCGCCGAGCAUGGAGAAGGCGGCGCUGUAG